GUUUGAUCGGAUUGGAAUCUGAUUGCCCACUCAACAAACCUUAAUUUGCAUGCUUCUUCUUUUCUUUUCUUUUCUUAUAAAAACAAUACUAUUUAUAAUAUUAUAUGGUCAGAUUUCUAAGUUGGGAAAGAACAUUAUCUUAUUUAAUACUCAUCACUUACUUACUUGGAAGUAGGAGUUUUGUAAUGGAUAGAGCCCUCUUUUUUCUUACAUUUAUCACGGAGGGCAGAGCUGGACGACACAGCCCCCCCGCCUCCUCUUUAAGAACUGCGAGCAUUUAUUUACUCAAGAGAUUUCCAUUCAAUGACUCGGCAGGGGAAACCCAUGCCAUAAACCACCACCACCACCACCACCACCACUCCACUCCCCUAGCUCUUUUUAUUGUUUUUGUUCCUAUCCACCACCACCACCUACCAUCUCGCGUGCAUAUUACUAUCUUAUACACACCCGCACUUGUAAAAACCAAACCCGCCCAUUUUAUCAGCCUCAUAUCUCUCUAAAAACUAUAAAAUGUCCGCUCCUCCAUAUUCGUUUAUCCCUCUAAACAACACCGACGAGGCCAGCGAUACAAGCGGAGGCACCAAGUCGCCCUUUCAGAACCUAAACUCAAGCAUUUUGAUCAUCAUUUUAAUCCUCUCCGUAACUCUGUUAGUCUCUGUUUCUCUUUGUUUCCUUCUCCGUAUCUUAAGCCGCCGUUCCCUCCGCCACCUUUCUCCCUCUAGAACCACCGCCAUAGCUACCACAAUAACAACCUUAUCCUCUAACCGCCUCUCCAGUAACAACAACCAUCGUGUUUCACCGGAAGAUUUAGAGUCUUCCGUUUCUGACUCACUCCCUCUCUUCUCUUUCUCCUCCAUCAAACACAGACCAUCCUCUUCCCCUGAAAUCUCCAGCGGCGAUUGCGCGGUUUGUUUAUCGACGUUCGAACCAGAGGAUAUCCUGCGAUUGCUUCCGCUCUGCUGUCAUGCUUUCCAUGCACAUUGCAUUGAAACAUGGCUCAAUUCUAACCAAUCGUGUCCUCUUUGCCGGUCUCGUAUUCAUUUUUCGGAAUCAGAGCUCGCCAAAGCUCUCUUUGAAGGUGACGCUCGUGGUGGUGAUAGCUUCCGCCUUGAGAUUGGCUCUAUUAGCCGUCGAGAACAUACUGCUCCUAACCCCGCGUCCUCUCUCUCUACAGCCACAGCCUCCGCCGGUGCAGACGAGGAUCGGAGCUCGUACUCGGUUGGUUCGUUUGAUUAUGUCGUGGAGGAGGAAUCGGAGGUUACUAUCAGUCAAUCGCACAGAAGGAGUAUGUCGAAGGAGAGUGGUCGCGGGGGUGGUCUGACAUUGUCCGAGGAGCCGAUUCUGGCAGCAGAAGUGGCUUCGGCGAGAGGAAGUUUGUUAAGAGAAUAUGUUGAUAGGCUGUCUGCUUCUCUCUCUUCACGUACGACAUCUUUUAGAGGUUCUGGAAGGUUAUUUACCGGUAGCAGUGGCCGGAGCGAGAUUGCCGGUGGCGGAGAUUAUGGUUUGGGGGCGAGUCGUGCUGGAGAAGAAAUUAGUGAGCUGUUUCGUUGGUUUUCAGGGGUAUGAUUCGUGAAUAGAUAAGCUGUUCAUGGGCAGUUAUGGAAUUCAAAAGUUCGUGCACUUUUCCUGGCCCGGUCCGUUGAUUUGCCAUGUUCACACUAUAAGGUGCCAAGUGACACGAAAGGCUGAGAGAUGGAUAAAGAAAAAGAGAGGGUGGAAACUGUAGAAUCAACGGUACCUUCCUCUUGUCUUCAAACCUUUUCUUGCAGAUAAAGACUAAAGUAUUAAGAAAAUGACAGUCUUGGAGGCA